CCCCACCCUGGGCUGGGGAUGUCGGAGUCUGAAGACGGCGGAGCUUGUGUCGGAGUGGACAGCUUGGUGAACAGUGCAGCGUUUUAUUUCUUUAUCAUCGUCAGUGCCAGCCGCAGCCGCCUUGUAUAACCUGUAAGCCUCAACCCGCUCAUCGAUCCAGUCAUGGCCGGCGUUGCGGCUUCGAGCGGUCACCGACCCAAAGCACAGCCCAGUAGGCCUCUCGCUGUUACCGAGAUGGCCGCCGCUGCUCCCCGGUGGAAAGCGGACGCCAGCGGCCUAGGAGACAUCAGCGACGAGUUCGCGGUCUGCAGCGAUAAGAAGGAUUAUCUGGAGGGCAGCAAGGCCACCAUCCAGGAACUUUUUAAAGUGGUCCUGGUCAUCUCGGUGCCUCUGCUGGUUCGUUACGCGGUGGCGGGGACGGUGUCUCCUGGCUCCCAGCAAAUCUGGGUGCAGCUGAAGGGGAGACGGGAACAUGUGAGGAAAGCCAAGGAAUAUAUCAAAGGUAUUUGUAAUCCAGAAUUUCGUCAAAUUGAGGGUUAUCCAAAGGAAAUGCAUUGCAUUUUUGCAGGAGCUAAAGGCUUGUUUCUCAAGUGUCUUAUACAAGAUACCUGUGCUGAUAUCUCCAUGGUGAGUGCUGGAGUAAUUGCCAUUACAGGAGGUACGGAGGCAGUGAUUAUGGCAAAAACUCGAAUACAGCAAUUUGUGCAACUCUUCAAAGAUAACCAAAGCAUACCUAACAAAAGAGAAUCUUCAAUUAAGAGGAACUUCAAACGCAUUAUAGAAUUACAUGCCGAUAAAUAUUCAAUGGAUUUGCUGCUCUUGCCCAGCACUGUAAAGGAGGAACUUGUGAAUCUUGCUGAAGAUGUACUGUAUCAUGAAGAACCUAUAGAUCUGACUUUAGAACUCGAUGAUAACUCACAAAUUGUUAAUCAUGAUACUUCUAACUCUUCCUCUGAAGGAAAAUCUAAAGAUCUGGCCUAUUUUGAAGAAGCUAGAAGACAGGCCGGCACACCUGUAUCUGAACUUGCUCAGCAAAUGAACACUAUGCUUACACAAGUAAGUCAAAACUCACUUGGUCCAGAAAUAGAGCAAAGAUCAUGUGAGGCAUCAUCAACAGGCAAGGAGAGACUAUCGUGCAAAAGAAGAUCAUCUAACAGCGAGGACAGACAUACAAAGCGCCAGUUUUCGGGAGAUGUUGAUGAAUUUGCAGCAGAUAUCACAACUAAAGUGCUUUGUACUAAUUCAGCCACUGAGCCCCCUGCAUGCAAUGUUUACUUAAUUGGACAACAGGAUAACCAAAUUGAAGAAGACUCAACAGUUACUACUCCAGAAAUGGAGUUGAACAUGCUUGUAGAAUUUUUCAGAACAAUGGGUUAUCCCGAUGUUAUUAUAAAAAGAGUAAUUGGUGAAAUGGGUCAGAAUGAAGAACCUAUGUUAUUGCUUAAAAGAAUUAUUGAAGAAAGUAAACUUUUGGAAGAAGAACAAACUAAUUGUGUACAACAAGCUGCUGGUCCAAGUAGCGCUCAUGUGAGUUCAAUACAAGAAUCAAAGAAUAAUCCACAAGUGGAGAUACCUGGAACUUGUACUGCAAAAAUUGAUCAAGUUGAAGAAAGUGAAGCAAAAUCAAAAUCAGUAGCCAGUUCUUCACAAGACCAGUGGAAAAAUGAGACACUUGAAGAACACUGUCGUCCUGUAGAUGAAACAUUUGUUACUAAUGCCAAGGAUAACAAAGAUGAGGCCUUAACAAAGCCUGCCGCAGCCAAGUCAAGUAAUGACACUGCGAAUUUUCACUCAGCCAAGCAUUUCAGCAAUGACUUGGUUACUGAGAGGAGAUUGCUAAAUGAAAGUGAUAUUGUAGCAAGAGGCAGUUCUGAACAGCCACUUUUGCCUGCAUGUUCUAAUCGUCACGUGAGUGCUUCAGUGACUGGAGUUCAACGGUUCCAUAAUUUACUGAAAAGCCCUUACAAACUAACUCUAACAAGUGAUCCUGGGAAACCAAAUUUGAAGCAUGUUAUAAUUGAUGGAAGUAACGUUGCAAUGGCCCACGGAAUGAAAAAAAUAUUUUCCUGUCGUGGUAUUGCAAUUGCAGUGGAAUGUUUUUGGAAUCGUGGUCACCGAAAUAUAACUGUGUUUGUUCCUCAGUGGAGAACCAAACGUGAUGCCAAAAUUACAGAGCAGCAUUUCUUAACUGAACUUGAAGAUCUCGGUGUGCUUUCUUUCACACCAGCCAGAACAGUGUGUGGAGUAAGAAUUGCAUCACAUGAUGACAGGUUUUUGUUGCACCUUGCUGAGAAAACUGGUGGGAUUAUUGUUACUAAUGACAACCUCAAAGAAUUUGUUCAUGAAUCUCCAGCCUGGAAAGCAAUAAUUCAAGACAGGUUACUACAGUAUACAUUUGUUGGAGAUUUAAUCAUGUUACCAGAUGAUCCCCUUGGAAGGUAUGGUCCUGGAUUGGAGGCUUUUCUGCAUCAAGUGGAGGCUUCCAGAGCUUUGCCAGAGAGGACAAAUGUCGUACUUCAUCCAACUGUACCAUCUUCAGCACUGCAUCCCACCUUUUUGCUCGAAUCGAGACGACCUGAGAUGCCCCCUUUGCGAACAAGAGAGGAAACUGAGCAACUAAAACAAGAUUUGUUGAAGAUAUUUCCUGAAGUCAGUCAAAGGCAGAAAAUUGAUCAAAUUCUGGCAGCACACCCACACAUGAGGGACCCUAAUGCACUGUCUGCAAUGGUGCUGGAUCAAGAAUAAAUUAUUGUGUAAUGAAUAUUGAAGUGUUGGUAAAGUUAGAAUAUUUUGGGGGUCCCAAAUCUAACUUUAUUGUUGAUCAGUUGUAGAGAAGCAAGGCGCUUUUUUUAAUAUAUAUACCAGCACAAUUGCUUGUCACAGUUGAAGUAAAAGAUAUCCUUUGAGACAAAAAUACUGAGUGUUUGCGCAGUCAGUGGCUUGAACGUUUUCUGUGGGACAGAAGAAACUGCCACAAUUCUCAUUUUGAUGAAUCUACUUCAGCUUAUAAGUCCUCCUUUGUCACAGCUGGUGUAAUGGAGUCAAACAUGUUUUUAUCUUAUUGAAUCUUUUCAGUUCAGGACCUGUGGUGACGGAAAUAGCUUGAAGAACAGUAUGGGAAAACCACUAUGUUGUUCUUCACUUAACCUUUUCAAUAUUGCGAUACGUAACAAGAACAGAAGAGAAUAUUUGCAAAAUAAGUUUCAGUAUUAGAUUUUGCAAAUACUGAAUAUUCAUUGAUAUAAUAUUUAUAGAAAGCCAGUGUAUAAACUGGGUGACAUUUUAUUUAAUUACUGGCUGGAAAAAACCUGUAAAUAGUACACAAAAUAUAUAUUUUUGUUCAGAUUCAAGUGUAAAUUUUGAAAAAUUCUCUGAUUGGAUGGCAACACUUUUUGAGAAUGUAUUUUGUUAAAUAAAACCCGUUAAAACUGUAGCUGUAAACAUAAACAUAGCUGCUGAAAAACUUAAAAUUAGUCACUACUGUGAUACCAAAAGUCUUAUUAAAUUUGUAUUUUAAUACUUUGUUUUCUAAUAUGCUUUUUUUUGUUUCUCAACCAAUUUCUAAAAUGUAGUGUCACCCAGCAUUGUUGUCAGUGGACAGUAGCUGGUAAUUGAAUAAAAGGUUUCUCUGAUCUCUGCACAUGUAUCCAGGAGGCAGGACCAUACAGACUAGUAUAAUCUAGAGGUCUGAUCCCUGAUCUCUGCAUUAACUGAUCACAUUGUGGGUUCGUAUAAAUAAUAACAUUUUUGCUACGAUGGAGUGUGGGUAAUGCUGUUCAGUGUAGCUCAAGAAAGAAUGAAUUUAUUCUAGGGGAAGAAAAGAGCAAGCUGAUAACACCUUUAAAGCUCCUGAGAAAUUAUUUGCUAUGACAGUUUGAUAUUUUUUAAGAAAUUGAGUAAUGUGCAUUGGAAUGUCCUUACAAUUAGCUUGAUCAGAUUGAAUUAUCAAGAUUUUAUGUGGAUUAAUUAUUUUAUCAUUGGCUUCAGUAGUUUAUUCAUCUAACUGGUUUCUUUAUCCAAUAUUAUGUACAGUGUUGUUACCUCUUAACAGUUGCAAAAUUGUUAUUUAAAGUUUGUAAAUAAUUUGUUUUUCCUUUUUAACUAAAACAGCCAAAAUGAGGAACAUUUUAAACUCCUGUUGCUUGUAUGAUGCUGUUACUUCAUAGGGUAGUUUAUGGUAUGGCUGUCCAUUCAAUUUUGUGUAUUUGAAACUAAAGCAUUCGGUAACAUUUUUACAGUAUCUUUAAGUUUAAAAUCUCACUUACUUUGCAGUCUUGUACAAAUGCAGUAUUUUACAAUUCAUUAAGUUUUUAAUUUGUAUCCUUAAUGGGUAAAGUAAACUUUUAACCUCUUUGGGUAAGACAGUGUUUCCUUUUGUGUAUGUUAGCUGGAUGCUCCUUCAAAGCCAGUGUGUCUCUAUUUUAACCCUUCAGUGCUUUACUGAGUUCAACCAAAGAAAGUCCCAGAUUUCCAGUUUCCAAAGCGUUGUGUUCCGGUUUUUUGUUUGAAGGUUGAGACCCGUAUGCCAACUCGAAUCAACUACAGCUGUGUACAUGAAUGGCCAUUUGGUAAUACAGAACUUGUGUAUUGCUGAUAAAAGACUGUUUGAAGCAUUUAGCCAUAAGUUCAUCAGGACUCUCAAUAAAGGGGGAAUAAACAUUUUGUACUGUA